ACACAUUACUAACUCGAGAUAUUGAACCAACCUCGUUACCUUGCUGGGUAAUCACCAUAUGUGUGUAACUCAGACCCUGGGAAGAAUGACUAAAAGCGAUAAUAAUGGCUUCCACGGCCCAUGCGACUAUUUUGGGUUGGCUGGUUGUUCCACAGUUUUGCAGUUCUCAUCAAAUUAAGACUUGCUGAAGUUGUGAAUCUUCUUCUGAUCUGAAAAUGCAGGUUCCUUCCUACCAUUGUGUAAAAUCACCCAUGCAGUAUUUACGAUAAGGCUUGUGCUGUUCCUAAAUAGGCCUAGGCCUAAAAGGGAAAGGUGUACAAGUGUGCGCUAAGGUGAUAGUGCUGACCCAUAGUAUUUCUGAAUGAGAUGAAGUGCUGUUACUAACCUUCCCAUAAAUCAUAAUGGCCUUGUUUGGUGCUCAGCUAAUCCUCACCAUCAUAGCAGUAAGCUUCCUGCAUAAAUUCACCCCUUACCACUCCCUGGCAGAGUGGCUGCUAGCAAGAGGGAAUCUUGUCCGCUAUAUGUACCCCAAAGAUGAAGAGUUACGGAAGCUAGCAGGGAUAACAGUUGGAAGAGGAAGGCAUCGUAAAAACAGAUCUGAACACAGCAGACGCAUCAAUCUCCUCGAGAAUUCCGAGGACAAAUCUUUCUCGGUGCCCAAGAACAUUGACUUAGAGCUGCGCACCCGCAUCAUUGAGCCCCUGCACGUGGCGGUGCUGCGCUUCUUUAGCGAGUACCGGUGGCUUGUGGACUUCUCGGCAUUGGCACUGAUUGUGUAUGUGCUGACAGAAGUGUGGCUUCACGCCAAGGGGGACUUCAAUCUGAGUCUGAUCUGGAUAGUGAUGAUGGCAGGCUUUGCACUCCAGGUGCUGUUCCUGCUGACAGCAUUGUACUUCACCAGUGAGGAGGACGGCGAGAGGUCCCUCUGCAUCACCUUCGGUUUCUUCUUUGCCCUGGUUGCCAUGGGGGUGCUGAUUGUCCCUGAGGAGUUUCUGGAGUUUGGACUCGACGAAGCUUAUGAAAACUUUACUGCGGGUGCACUGGAGUUCUUGAAGGAGCAGGAGCUGUACUCUAGUGGGCCCAUCUCCAAGAUCACCUUCAAGUCUGUGAUUGGUCUUUUUGCUGCCUUGCUAGGGGCCUUCCUGGCCUUCCCCGGCCUCCGGAUCGCCAAGAUGCACGUGGACUCCAUUAGGUUUGCCGUCGAGCGACCGGUGAUGCAGAUUGUUUUGCACACCAGUUUCCUAUUCCCUAUGCUGAUAUCACUGAUGUGGAUUAAGCCCAUUGGCAGGGACUACAUGUGCAACCCAGCCACUGGUAGGAGAAUGACCGGCAAAUAUGAACCACUAAUGAGCGAAACGACAUUUGACCUCACCCGCAUGUCAUUGGUACCCAUGCUGUGCGUACUGCGCAUGGUGUUGAUGACCCACUACCUUCAGUCCUAUCUCAACAUGGCCAAAGAAAAAGUGGAGAGGAUGAAGCAAGAGGCUGGACGAAUCAACAGCCUAGAACUUCAAAAGAGUGUUGUACGGGUUUUUUACUACUUGUGUGUUGUUACGCUGCAGUAUUUGGCACCCAUGUUAAUACUUCUGAGCUUCACCUGUCUACUGAAAUCACUGGGAGGCUAUUCCACGGGUUUGUUUGACUCAUUUUCGGCCAACCCUACCUCUACCGUCCCAACACCACCACUGUUUGUCUCACCAAAGCCUGACGUUGCCAGUGCAGAGGCCACCGCUGAACAUUUCAAAGUCACUCUGGAGAGCUUGCGGAGCGUUUUCUCACCUGUUUUCUUCCGGGGCAUAUUCUCAUUCCUGACGUGGUGGACGGCUUUUGCGUGGUUUGUUACGAGCCUCUUUGGGAUUGCCUACCACACAUACUUCACUGAUCAAUGACAGGAUGCCAUGCGGAACGUUGGUUUCUUGACGUGAGUUGCAUUUGCUCUACUUUGGGGGGUGAGUCGAGCAAACUUUCCUUAUCUGGUCUUUUUAUGGGACGGCAUCUUAUGCCAGCUGAAGUCAACAGAGGGCAGCAUUACUCAGCAGAGUUUGGCUGUGUACACCAGCCUUUUUGGCAACGCUUUUUGUACCUAGGUAUAAUUUUAUUUAGUAGUCAAUGAGAAGAUAAUGCUUACAUGCUGAAUAAGAUAUGAGCCUCAAAUGAGUCACGAGGGAUUGGGAAAGCUCAACAUGCUCAUGCUGACAUUAUGGUCGAGUUUGGGCGGCCUGUUCUUGACUCAGGUUUCUAGUUCUCACGCUCGAAUGGUGGGAACACUACCCUAGAACACUGUUCUUGGAACAGGACCACACACUACUUCCUUGUCAAGGUUGCACAGGAACCCACGGAAAACUCGUGAGAUUCGAUUUUUGAACAGCCACAAAAACUAGCAAAUGUCUUAAAAAGCUAGUGAUAAUGGGAAGGUUUGCGAAAUUAACAUUCAUAAUUUUCCAUAUCACGGAAAUGAAUGUUCCUUUUAAAUGGAAAAGAAUUUAGCCCAGCUAUCCAAACAUUAACUGUCAAAGAACAUGCAUGG